AUUAAGAAACCCACUUCAAAUAUAAUACCCAAUUCGCUAAACAUCCCUCAUUUCAUACCAAUCCAGCAAUCCUCUCCCUCUCUCUCUCACUCUCUCCCUUGCAAUGCAAGAAGAACACAACCCAAGAAUUGCAAUGGGAAAAGCCACCAAGAUUCUCAGACGAUCAAUCCACACUUUCCUCCAACACUAUCAACACUUCACCUCAAUUGUGGCACUCAUAGCCUUUCCCUUCUCAGUUUCAGUGCUGAUCUCCCAAACCAUUGUUCCUUCUUCUUCAACCUCAUCUCUAUUCCCAACCAUCCACAACCGCCUCCAGAGUCUUUUUGAUGCAGCAGGCUUCCCACCCUCUUCACAAUUCUUCACAAUUCUCACCCAAAAACUCUCCCAAACAAUCUCUUCCUCAAUUUGCACACUACCCUUCACCCUAACCUUCCUCCUCAUCACCAAAGCCUCCAUAAUCCAAGCCCUCAAUUUCCACAAGAACCCAUCAUUCUCUUCUGCACUAUCUCUCUACCCCUCAAUUCUCAUAACCCAUCUCUGCAACUCCCUCCUAAUCCUCUCAGCAAAUGCCACAGUGUUUUCUCUCCUAUUCAUUGCCUUCAAUCUUCUUGAGCGAUUUGGGUUCUCUGACUCACCCAAGACCCUUCUCUUCUUAUCAGCAUCUGGGGCAGUUCUGUAUUCUAUUGUUCUUGCCAAUGCUCUUAUUAUUUGCAACAUGGCAUUGGUCUUAUCAGGGACAGAGAAGAGUGGGGGUUACCUAACAAUUCUCAAGGCUUGUUUAGUAAUCAGAGGAAGAACUUCAACUGCUCUGUUUCUGGCUCUACCUGUCAGCUUGGGAUUGGCUGCAAUCGAGGCAUUGUUCCAAUACAGGGUUGUAAGGGCUUACCAUUUUGAAGGAAAGCUUGGAUCUUCAAUGGUUUUGGAGGGAGUUUUCAUUGCUUACUUGUACUCGAUUCUUGUGGUUCUUGACACAAUUGUCAGCUUCAAGUUCUUCAAAAGCUGCAAGACAAGUUCUUGGGUUGAAUACACUGAUGAAGAAAGUGGUGGAUAUACCAAUUUGAAGACUGCUUUGAUGAAGGAAGUUUCAUGAAUGGAUUGGGAUUCAAAAUUUCAUUAUUCUUUAGAGGAAUUACAAAUUAUCAUGAAGAAAUUUGUAUGAUUGUAUCUUCAAAGUUAAUUUCUUUUGCUUGGUAAUGAGGACCAGGCAACUUUCCAGGCAUAAAGUAGAGGACAAACCUUGAACAGAAAACGAAAAUUGUACACAAACUUUGCCCGUGGGUAUUAUUCCAAUUCUAUUUUCUUCUUUUGAAUGAUAUACAUAGCAUAGGCUCUUUUUAGUUAGUUUUAGGUCAAAUUUCAAUGUAAUUGUACCCGGAGUGGUUGAGAAAUAUGAAAUUGCUUCGAGGUAAAAGAGAUUGGAACUUUACCUUUGAAUAUAAAAAUAGAAACUUUCAGUUC